AUGGGCAGUGCUGGGAGACUAAAUGAAGCUCUGGAGCAACAGGCUCAAGCAGAAGAAAGGGCAAGGAGAGCAGAGGCUGCAGUUGCUUCUCUCCAGGAGACACUUAGUGGUGUGUUGCAACGUCUUAGUCAACUGGAGGAAAAAGAAAAAGAGAAGGAAGUUCGAAUAGCAUCACUGGAAUCUCUUCAGAGCAAACCUGGCUUGGGAAGUGGUUCUCAGAAACCUCUUGGAGGGGGGAAGAUGAAAAGAGAGCCAUGUACUAGGGCAAAUAGAGAUGGUCCUUAUUCAGCACCAGCACCCAAUUCUUCAUCUAAAGAUGCAGAUUCUUCAGAUAACCCCACUGCUUCAGCUUCCCCAUCUGCAAAGCAAGAUGAUGAUGAUGAUGAUGAUGUGGAUACAGGGUUGCUUAAAGCAGCAAGGGAAGGGAAGUCAGAAGAAAUGUUGCGGUUGAUUGAGUCAGGUGCUAAGGUAGACGCACGAGAUGGUCAGAAAGAUACUCCUCUCAUUAUUGCUGCCAGAGAGGGUCAGGUAGAGUGUGUGUCACUUCUGAUUGAUGUUGGGGCAAACUUAAAUAGUUUCAACAUAGGAAGAAUUGGAGCUUUGCAUUUUGCAGCACGGAAUGGUCAUGAUGAAGUAUUGAAUUUGCUUUUGACAAAAGGUGUAAAUUUAGAUAUGAGAACAGCAAAUGGAAUGACUGCUCUUUCCUUUGCAGCCAAUUAUUGCAGUAGUAUGUGUGUGUCAUUACUGCUUCAAUAUGGUGCUCAGGUUGAUGUGAGAGACAAUAUAGGAAGAACCCCUUUGGCAUUAGCUUGCAGUACUGGUCAUAGAGGAUGUGUCCAGUUACUGUUGCAAAGUGGGGCAGAUGUGGAUAAAAGGGACUUCGAGGGUAGGACUGCAUUACAUCGAGCUGUGAUUAGCAACAGUAUGGAUUGUGCAACUCUCUUGCUAGAAGCUGGUGCUGAUGUUAAUUGUGUUGACAAGUUUGACCGCACACCACUAUGUUACACGUUCAUGUCAGGAAAUGCGGAUUUGAAAGAUCUCUUGCUGUCAGCUGGAGCUGGCCCCAACAAUUUCUAA